AUGUCGCAAUUCUUCCAGGAUCUGUGGGAGUCCAUCUUCAUCCCUGGGCCCACCCCAUCCCUCCUGAUCGCGACCAACGUCACCUUCGCCUGCCUGCAGGUCGUCCUCUUCGCGCUGCUCCUCGCGACCUACAGCAUCCACUUCAUCAUCCUAUCCUUCCUAAGUGGCGGUCUCUGGUACGCCAUCAACUGGUUCGCGCGGGAGCUGCAGGCAAACCAUGACCGGGAGGUAGAGGAGAAGGCGAAGGCGGCCCGCAGGACGGCGGCACGGGGAAGCGCAGAGACAUCCUCCGAGAGCGAGACCGAGGUGGAGACGGUCCUGACGAGGAGCAAGACCAAGGCGUCCCAGCAGCCAGGCCCGGCCGCCGCGAGCAGGGACGUCGAGGUUCAGGAGCCCGGCGCCGGGGAUGUGAAGCCGCGCGCGUCGCAGCAGUCGCAGCAGUCGCAGGGCAGCAAGUCGAGCGCGAGCACCGAGGACGAGUGGGAGAAGGUCUCAGAGUACGAGAGCGACAAGACAAAGUGA